AGUUUCAAAAUACUGUGCAGGCCUUAAGGAUCUACAACUGCCACCCCUUCCCCAGCUAGGAGGGGGGAGCGACUCAUGGCGCGGCCGAAAGUUUGCUAACUGUGGAGUCUUCACUGCCAAAAUGACAUCACAUUCCACCUCUGCCCAGUGUUCAGCAUCUGACAGUGCUUGAAGAAUUUCUUCGGAGCAAAUCAUUCAGCAGGUACAACCAAAACUGCAGCUUUUGAAGAUUUUGCAUGCAGAAGGUGCUCAGGGGGAAGUAUUCACCGUGAAAGAGGUAAUGCACUAUCUAGGCCAGUAUAUAAUGGUAAAGCAGCUCUAUGAUCAACAGGAGCAACACAUGGUAUACUGUGGUGGAGAUCUACUUGGAUGUCAGAGCUUUUCUGUGAAAGAGCCAAGCCCUCUCUAUGAGAUGCUAAGAAAGAAUCUUGUUACAUCAGCCUCUGUUAACACGCACAGUGCAACAGAAUACUCCAACCCCAAAAAAAGAACUGAAGAGGAUGGUAAUCACACACUGCCUACCUCACGAUGUAAAUGCAGAGAUCCCAGAGCAGAUGAAGACUUGAUAGAACAUUUAUCUCAAGAUAAGACAUGUAGGCUUGACUUUGACUUUGAGGACUGGUAUGUUGCUGGCCUGCCUUGGUGGUUUCUAGGGAAUUUGAGAAACAACUAUAUACCUAGAAGUAAUGGCUCAACUGAUUUACAGACAAAUCAGGAUAUAGGUACUGCCAUUGUUUCAGACACUAAGGACAAUUUGUGGUAUUUAAAUGAGACCGUGCCAGAUCAAUUAGGUGUUGGAAUAAAAGUUGAAGCUGCUAAUUCUGAGCAAGCAAGUGAAGUAGGGAAAACAAGUAACAAAAAGAUGGUUGAAGUGGGAAAAGACGAUGAUAUUGAGGACUCCAAGUCCUUAAGUGAUGAUACUGAUGUGGAAGUUACUUCUGAGGAUGAGUGGCAGUGUACGGAAUGCAAGAAGUUUAAUUCUCCAAGCAAGAGGUACUGUUUUCGUUGCUGGGCCUUGAGGAAGGAUUGGUAUUCGGAUUGUUCUAAAUUAACUCAUUCUCUCUCUACAUCUAACAUCACUGCCAUCUGUCCUGAAAAGAAGGACAAUGAAGGAAUUGAUGUUUCUGAUUGUAGGAGAACCAUUUCAGCUCCUGUUGUUAGGCCUAAUGAUGGGUAUUUAAAGGAGGAAAAGCCUAGGUUCGACCCCUGCAACUCAGUGGAAUUUUUGAAUUUGGCUCAUAAUUCUGAAAGCCAAGAGACCAUUUCAAGCACGAGAGAACAAACAGAUAUUUUUUCUGAGCAGAAAACGGAAACAGAAAGUAUGGAAGAUAUUCAGAAUGUCUUGAAGCCAUGUAGCUUAUGUGAAAGAAGGCCUCGGGAUGGGAACAUUAUUCAUGGGAAGACGAGCCAUUUGACGACAUGUUUCCACUGUGCUAGAAGACUGAAGUAGUCUGGGGCCUCAUGUCCUGCUUGUAAGAAAGAGAUUCAGUUGGUUAUUAAAGUUUUUAUAGCAUAGUUGAGUCAGUUGCAGAGAAAUACUAGGAGGACCAGGUCAUUUAUCAAAAAUCAGUAUUCUUAGGGGCAGGGGCAGAAGAUCACCAAUUCUGAUGCCAGUCUGGGCCAUAUAAUGAGACCUUAGUCUUAAAGGAUCAGUAUUGAGCAUCUUUAAUAAAUGUGACCCAUUGCAUGUGUUUAUUUGUAUAAACAAAUAGGGAAUUUUAGAUGA